UAGGGUCUCUCUGGGCUGAGGAACUGCGGUAGGGUGGAAGGUUCUGCAGGAGGGCCUGCCAGUAGGAAGGGAAGCACCUCCUGGGCAGCCACCCCGCCCAGUGCGUCAGGCCCCUCCCUUCUUCCCUCCCUCAGACAGUUUCACUUUUGUUUUCUGGUCCCUGGCCUUCUGACUUCCGAGCAGGAGCCAGAGCCCUAGCUAAAGGCGUGGGCUGGGGAGGCCCAGGCAGGGGGCAGUGGUUGCAAUGGCAGAGGCAGAGGAGGUGGGGGCGGCAGUGGAGCUCAGCGGGCUGCCCCCCAAUAUCCCCGAUGAGUUGCUCAUGCUCUACUUCGAGAACCACCGACGCUCUGGGGGGGGACCUGUGCUGAGCUGGCAGAGACUUGGCCACGGGGGUGUACUCACUUUUCAAGAGCCUGCAGACGCAGCAAGGGUCUUGGCCCAGAAGGAGCACGUGCUACCAGGUGCUCGGCUGAGCGUGCGGCCAGCCCCGCCUCGUGCCCCUGCACGCCUCCUGCUCCAAGGACUGCCCCCUGGCGCUGCACCCCAGCACCUGGAGCAACACAUCCAGGCCCUGCUGCAUGCCAUGGGGCACCCAGAGCAGCCCUGCCAUGUCUUGGCCAGUCCCCGACCAGACAGGGCCCUGGUCCAGCUGCCCAAGCCCCUCUCUGAGGCAGACAUCCGUGUGCUGGAGGAGCAGGUCCGGGCCCUGGGCCUGGAUGGGGCUGACGUAUCCCUGGCGUGGGUGCCCCAGGCCCGAGCGGUGCGUGUGGUGGGGGGCACCUCGCCUGUGGACCCUCUGUUGCUGGAGCUGUACCUGGAGAACGAGCGCCGAAGCGGCGGGGGCCCCCUGGAGGGCCUGCGCAGCCUGCCGGGGCAGCUGGGCACCGUGGCCGCUUUCCAGCAGUGGCAGGUGGCUGAACGGGUGCUGCAGCAGGACCACCGCCUACAGGGCUUGGAGCUGAGUCUGGUCCCCCACUACAGCGUCCUAGAGCCCGAGGAGCUUGCUGGGGACCCCAGUGGAGGGGACCACUUGGCUGACUUCGGGGCUGGGGCCGCGGAGCACGCUCUCCUGGAGGCUGGAGGGCCAGAGAGGGCGCUGAAGGGUAUAGAGGCAGUGACCUUGGGCUCUGAGGAGGCAACAGGCCAGCCCGGAGCCUCUCUAAGGACAGACCCCAUAGGGUCUCUGGGCCAGGCCAGGCCAGUCGUCUUGGAGCCCGCGGGGGCUUUGGAACAGGACGGGAGGGAAAGCCUGGAGCCCGUGGGGUAUCCAGGGCAGGCAGGGGUGGUAAGCCCGAGGCCUGUAGGGUCUCCAGGCCCAGUGGGCCCAACGGAGCGUUCCAUGGGGUCUCCGGAGCAGGUGGGCUCACCGGAGCAGGAGGAGCUGGUGGAGAUGGUGCUGUUGAUGGAGCCAGGGGCCAUGCGCUUCAUACAGCUCUAUCACGGGGACCUCCUUGCUGGCAUGGGAGACAUCGCCCUCUUCCCCCUGGAAGGAUCAGAUAUGACUGGCUUUCGGCUCUGUGGAGCCCAGGCCCCAUGCCAGGCAGCCCAGGAGUUUCUGCAAAGUCUGCUGGGCAGCCUGAGCUGCCACGCGCUGAGCCUGAAGCACCCAGGCAGUGCCCAGUUCCUGCUGGGCCCCGAGGGGCAGCACCUUCUCCAGGAGCUGGAGGCUCAGUUCCAGUGUGUCUUUGGGACAGAGCGCCUGGACAUAGACUCUGCACAGGUGGACCUUCCCGAGGCCCUCCAGGCCCUCCCUGGCCAGCCCCACUCUCUGUGGCCCCCGGAGAGCACAGGCAGUGACCAGGAGAAUCUGAGCCUGGAGAAGGUUCGAGAGCGGCUGGCCACCCUGGAGGGCCUGGACAGGGAGGGCAGGCCAUCCCCGGAGCCCUGGGAGGAGGAGCCUGAGGAGCAGCCAGAGGAGGAGCCUGCACCUAGGUUCGAGGAGGAGCUCCCAGCCCCAGGCACCGGGGCACCUGGGCAGCUGGAGGAGGAAGCCGCACUGCAGCUGGCUCUCCACCGGUCACUGGAGCCGCAAGACCAGGUGGCUGAGCAGGAGGAGGCUGCUGCACUGCAGAAAGCACUGGCCAUCUCCCUGCUGGAGCCAACCACACUGGAGGGUGGGGGCACGGGGGGCCAGGCCCAGCUGGCGGUGCAUGUGGCCUUUGAGCAGGACUUGGAUGAGCUGGACCGGGCCUUGGGGGCUGCCUUGGAGGUGCACCUCCGAGAGGAGACAGUGGGGCUUCGGGGCCACAUGCUGCCCGCAGAACUGUGUGCCCGCCUGGAGCGGUGCCACGGCGUGAGUGUUGCCCUUCAGAAUGACUGUGCUGUCCUCCGUGGCUUUGGGGUCCAGCCCGUCUGUGCGGCCCGCCACUUGGCAGCACUGCUGGCCGGCCCCUGGGAUCCAAGUUUGGCCUUGGAGGCUUCGAGCACCACCCGUGAGUUGGCACCUGGGACUGGGGGAGGGUGGAGUUCGCCAGCUCUCAGGGACCCCCAGCCCCAGGCAUGGCCUAGGUCCUCUUUCUCCCCUGUGUCAGUGCCACCGCAGAGGCUGAAGGGGCCCUUGGGCAGGCUGGAGUGUCUGGCGGAGAGCAGCCAGGAGUUCCAGGCGGUGGUGCAGGCCUUCUACGAUACCCUGGACACUUUCCACAGAAGGAUCCGCAUCAUCCGGGUGGAACGCGUGCUGCACCCGCUGCUGCAGCAGCAGUACGAGCUGCACCGAGAACGCCUGGAGCAGCGCUGCGAGCGGCGCCCGGUCGAGCACGUCCUGUACCACGGCACGUCGGCGGCCGCCGUCCCAGACAUCUGCGUGUACGGCUUCAAUCGCAGCUUCUGCGGCCUCAACGGCACGCUGUACGGGAAGGGCGUGUACUUCGCCAAGCGCGCUUCCCUGUCGGUGCAAAACCGCUACUCGCCCCCCAAUGCCGACGGCCACAAGGCAGUGUUUGUGGCGCGGGUGCUGACCGGCGACUACGGCCUGGGGAACCGCGAGCUGCGGGCGCCCCCUCAGCGGGCCCCGGGCCACGUGCUCCCGCGUUACGACAGCGCCGUGGACUGCCUCCGCCAGCCCAGCAUCUUCGUCAUCUUUCAUGACACCCAGGCGCUGCCCACCCACCUCAUCACGUGCGAGCACAUACCCCGGGCCCCCUCUGGGAACCCCUCCGGACCUUUGGCCCACUCCCCGGCCACCUGACCCGAGAGGCCCCCUCGGCCCUGUCUCUGGCCUCCUGCUCCCCGGGCUGCGGCUCCAUCCCCACACAGCCUCACAGAUCCCUCCGCUGCCUGAGCUCCCGCCUCCUGCUGCGCGCCUUCCUCCCGUUGCGGAGCAGCGACCCGCGGGGCGACUAGGAGGGCAGGGGCGCGGUCCCCUCAGCGGCCGACCCAACCACCAGGGGUCAGCAGAGCCCAGGCGGAGGGCGGAUGGCCGGACCCCGCCCGCCGAGGCCGGACUUUGCCCGAGCGCGACGCUGUAAUUUGAAUAAACGAGAAACCGGGUGGAGGAACCUGCUGGA